AUGGCAGCUCCGGUGAAAGCAACCCUGGCUCUCUUGGUUCUCACCGUGGCAACUGUCCUGUGUGCGGAGGUGGAGGAACGUUUGGUGAAUCACCUGUUGUCACCGGAGCGCUACAACAAACUCAUUAGGCCAGCUGUCAACACCAGCCAGCAGGUCACCAUUUACAUCCAGGUGUCUCUAGCCCAGCUGAUCAAUGUGAAUGAGAGGGAGCAGAUCAUGACCACCAACUGUUGGCUCACUCAGGGCUGGAAUGACUACAGAUUAAUGUGGGAUCCUGAAGAGUACGAGGGAAUCAAGAAAAUCCGACUCCCGUCACAACACAUCUGGCUGCCUGACAUUGUCCUUUACAACAAUGCUGAUGGCACCUAUGAAGUCUCCUUUUACUCCAAUGCUGUGGUCUCCAAUAAUGGCGAAGUGGCCUGGCUCCCACCAGCGAUCUACAAGUCGGCCUGUAAAAUCGAAGUCCGUGAUUUCCCCUUUGACCAGCAGAACUGCACUCUCAAAUUUCGUUCUUGGACCUACGACCACACAGAGAUUGAUCUCAUCCUCCUCAGUGAUUAUGCCUCACGUGAUGACUUCAAACCCAGUGGUGAGUGGGAUAUUGUUUCACUGCCUGGACGCAAGAAUGAAGACCCUAAUGAUAUCAGAUACCUGGAUAUUACCUAUGACUUUAUUAUCAAGAGAAAACCGCUCUUCUACACCAUCAACCUGAUCAUUCCCUGCAUCCUGAUCACAUCACUGGCUAUUCUUGUGUUUUACCUCCCAUCAGACUGUGGUGAGAAGAUGACUCUUUGUAUUUCAGUCCUCCUGGCCCUGACUGUGUUUUUACUCCUUAUCUCAAAGAUUGUGCCACCUACGUCUCUAGCAGUGCCUCUGAUUGGGAAGUACCUAAUGUUUACAAUGGUGCUGGUCACCUUCUCUAUUGUCACCAGCGUUUGUGUGCUCAAUGUGCACCAUCGGUCACCCAGUACGCACACCAUGCCUCCUUGGGUCAAGCGUGUCUUUCUGUAUCGGCUUCCCUCUUUCCUCUUCAUGCGGAGACCCGGUAGCUCUAACAUCCGUGAACGAUUCCGGAAAAAGCACCAGAAGCAAAAGUACUCUGACCAGAAGCGGUGUGGAGCAGAGGGUGGAAGUGGAAGUUCCACUGCAAUGGCUGAUUCCUCCUCAUCCUUCUUUGUUAAUGAGGAGUCGGCCAAACACUAUGGCUGGAGGGUCAGUGACUUGUCAGAGAACACAGAGUUCAGGAAGAGGAUGACCUUGAAGAGCAACAUUGAUGUGGAAGAUGCAGUUGAUGGAGUACGCUAUAUUGCUGAGAAGAUGAAGAGUGAGGAUGAUGACGAAGGGAUCAUUGAAGACUGGAAAUAUGUGGCGAUGGUGAUUGACCGUCUUUUCCUGUGGAUCUUUGUGUUUGUGUGUGUAGUUGGGACAAUGGGCCUCUUCAUGCAGCCUCUUUUUCAGAGUUAUAACACCCCCAUUAUUGAGGACAUAGAGCAUAAUUCUGAAACUUGAACCUUCAUUGUGACCUGACCCAGAAGUGGCUUUUUAUUUCCAGAAGCAGAUUUUAACACAUAUCAUAUGGCCGCCUCUCACCACACUCUGACUGGGAAAUGACACAUUUUAACCUUUCCAUUUUCUCCUCCCCGCCCCUGCUCUGCCUUUUUAAAUCUCCAUGUGCCCGCCAUCCUCUGGUCCACUCAUCUUUCCCUCACACAGGAGCUGUGAUAUUUUUAUUUCAGAGGCUCUGCAACCCCCCAAGCUUUGUAAAAGAAAGAAAGAAAAAAAAAAGUUUAAAAAAUGCAUUCAUAACCCAAACUGUCUGCUAUAACAUGAGUCACAGUAUUUACUACAACAGCUUUUCUAAAAGGCUCGGAUGCUGUGUAAAAUGUAAAAAAAUGUGGUUGCAUUCUCAAUUCAGUUUAGAUUCUGUUGUGGGAUGAGAGAGAGCACAAGCCUGGGUGUAGCCUCUCGCAUCAGCCGCACUUUCACUAAUAUCUAUAUACAGUUGCCUGCAGCACUGCAAAGGCUUGUGUUAGAACUGCCAGAUCCUCAGCGUACACUAUAUUGCCAAAAGUAUUUGCUCAUCUGCCUUCACACAAAUAUGAACUUGAGUGACAUCCCAUUCUUAAUCCAUAGGGUUUAAUAGGAUGUUGGCCCACCCUUUGCAUCUAUAAAAGCUGCAACUCUUCUGGAAGCAGUGUUAAUUUCGUUGACGAAAUAUUUUCGUCAUAGUUUUCGUCAACGACCCUUUCUUUCAUGACGAAAACAAGACGAUUACUAAAUUAAAACCACCUAAAAGGAUAAAAAGGAUGACGAAAUUAAUUUGCACUUUUGGAAAUGGUUUCGUCUUGACGAAUCCAUUUCCACACUCUGGCUUUUUUUUUUCACACAAGGCCUAAACUUGACAUAGCUUUUCUAGUAUGCACCUGUGCAUCACUAAUAGUAGAAUAUUCCUUGUUUUCUUUUCAGCAAAACAAUGCUAAACCGCAUUUUGUUCAUAUUACAACAUCACUUUGUUUUAAAAGAGUGGGAGUGCCAGACAGA